AUUUUUGCGUUCGUCGGCCUGUUUUCAAGUUCGUUUAUCUGGAACGACAGUAACGUAUACAUUCAGUUGGGAUACAAAGGCUAUGGAUGGCAAACACUAAUCAUUGUUUGCUUGUUACUCAUAUGGAUAACCAAUAUGAUCAGCUUAUUGAUGCAAAUAAGCGGCACCAAUUUGUUCCUGGAGUACGGCAAAUUCAAGAUAAUGCUUACUUAUGCAAUAUGUGGACUGUUGGCAGUGAUUGCUGCAGGUCUGCAGACGUGGAACGGCAAGUUAGCACAUGGCGUGGAUGACACAGUCCUGUAUCCGAGAUUUAUCACCACUGCUGUAUGUUAUUAA